AAGCGUCGCUCAUUGGAUUUAUGUUCUAGAAAACAUUUUAUAAAUACAACUUUAGCACAGACCCUACUCAUUUUAACACUCGGGAACAUUGUUUUUUCAUAUUUAAUCCGAUCCGUCUGUACUAUUGAGAGAUUUGAGAAGAAACUGUUGACAAACUACAGGACUAAAGGACAGAAAAAUGAGCGUUUCUAAUAAAUUCUCUUCUUAGUGGACAAGACUGUAGGUCAAACUGAACAGCAGAUUGUUUUCUCAACCCAAUGCUGAUCACUGGAGUUUAUCUGCAGUUUGUCAGAAGAGCAAGGAAAGGACUCUCAGUCUGAGAUGAGUCUCUCACAGAAACAGAGUGUAAGAUCAGACUCACAUGUGUCCAGCUCUGUGUCUGUGAAGAGUGACUGGUCAAAAGAAGGUGAACCACCAAUCUUCAGUGAGAAAAAAACAUCUACCAAAAGUGUAAGAUCAGACUCACAUGUGUCCAGCUCUGUGUCUGUGAAGAGUGACUGGUCAAAAGAUGGUUUGCCACCGAACUUCAGUGAGAAAAAAGCAUCAUCUACCAAAAGGGUUCAAUAUGAGACAUUAGAUUCAGACGUCCAGACUCACAGGAAACACAAGAAUUUCAAAGACAAUCUCCUGUGGAUCUUCCAGGAUCUUGAAAGCAAAAUAAUUGAAUUUCUGAAGAAUGAGAUGAAAAAGUUUAAGAAAAUAUUACAAGAAGAAGACUUACAAUACUUUGUGAAGGAUUUUAAUGAGAACAGAUGCAGUAUCAAAGAAGCAGCUCUUGAUCUCACACUCUACUUCCUGAGAGAGAUGAAGCAAGAUGAAGCUGCUGAUACUUUAGAAGAUGAGCUGUUCUUCAUUCAUCAGCUAAAAUGUAGCUUAAAGGAAAAGUAUCAAUGUGUGUUUGAAGGAAUUGCAAAGCAAGGUGACUCUACACUUCUGAAUAACAUCUACACAGAUCUCUAUAUCACUCAGGGUUGUAGUGAACAGGUCAAUACUGAACAUGAGGUAAGACAGAUUGAAGUUGCUUCCAGGCGUCAUGAAUCACAAGAAAUACAGGUUGAAUGCACAAAUUUGUUUGAAACACCUGAACAAGACAAGCAGAUCAGAACUGUACUGACAAAAGGAGUUGCUGGCAUCGGAAAAUCAGUCUCUGUACAGAAGUUUGUUCUGGAUUGGGCUGAAGGAAAAGAAAAUCAAGAUAUCAGCUUCAUAUUUCCUCUUCCAUUCAGAGAGAUGAACUUAAAGGAGAAAGAAAAACUAAGUUUGAUGGACCUUAUAACUCAGUUUUUCCCUGAGACUAAAGGAAUGAACCUUACAAGAAGGAACCAAAAAGUUCUGUUCAUUCUUGAUGGUUUGGAUGAAUUUCGUCUUCCUUUAAACUUUAAGGAAAAUGAGACAUUGCAUGAUGUGUCUUCACCAUCAUCUCUGGAUGUUCUCCUAACGAACCUCAUCAAGGGAAAUCUGCUUCCUUCUGCUCUCAUCUGGAUCACCACCAGACCAGCAGCUGCCGGUAAGAUUCCUCCUGACUGUAUCGACCGGCUGACAGAGAUACGAGGAUUCAAUGAUGCACAAAAGGAGGAGUACUUCAGAAAAAGAUUCACAGAUGAGGAUCUGGCCAAAGAAAUCAUUGAUCAUGUUAAACAAUCAAAGAGUCUCUUUAUCAUGUGCCACAUCCCAGUCUUCUGCUGGAUUUCAGCCACUGUUCUCCAGAACAUUUUAGAGGCGAAAAGAAAUAAUGUUGUGAAAAAUAAUCAGGCUGAUGACGCCUCCAAAAAACUGCAGGAAUCAAAUAUUGAAGACACUCCAAAGACUCUGACACAAAUGUACGCGCACUUUCUCAGAUUUCAGAUCCUGCAGAGCAGACGAAAGUAUGAUGGAGAAUACAGACAAGAUGUUUCCUGGGAUAAAGAUGCCAUAUUUUCACUGGGGAAACUGGCAUUUCAUGAGCUGGAAAGAAACAAUGUGAUCUUCUAUGACACAGACCUGGAAGCCUGUGGUAUUGAUGUCUAUAAGGCAUCAGUGUAUUCAGGCAUGUGUACCCAGAUCUUUAAGGAGGAAAUGGGCAUCGUUCUUGGUACCAUGUACUGCUUCGUUCACUUGAGCAUUCAAGAGUUUAUUGCAGCCCUUUAUGCACAUCUGUUUCUAGACAUAAAGAAGAGAAGUGUAUUUGUUCAUGAAAACAAAAGUCCAAAAACCAUGAUUGAUUUGCUCAAGACUGCAGUGGACAAGGCACUAGAGAGUGAUAAUGGACACCUGGAUCUUUUUCUUCGAUUCCUCCUUGGUUUGUCACUCCAGUCCAAUCAGCGACUCUUACAGGGUCUGUUGACACAGCAGGAUGGAAAUGACCAAAUCAAAAAGGAAAUAGUUCAGUACAUCAAGCAGAAAUUUGAAGCUAAUCUGUCUCCAGAGAGAUCCAUCAAUCUGUUCUACUGCCUGAAUGAACUGAACGAUCAAACUUUGGUGAAAGACAUUCAGACCCACCUUAACAAAGGAAAUCUCUCAUCUGCUGAUCUUUCACCUGCCCAGUGGUCUGCUUUGGCCUUUGUGUUGUUGACAUCAGAGGAGGAGCUGGAGGAGUUUGAGCUUCAAAAAUUUUGUAAAUCAGACGAGUGUCUCAUUAGUUUACUGGCAGUCAUCAAAACCUCCAAAAGAGCUCUGUAA